AUGGAUGCCCCAGAAAAUCCCGCUGACCCUGACCUGGGGUCUCUCCCGGACGCCCCACAUUCACCGGCCUUCGCCUGUGAUAACCCUGAACUGCCGUCCACGUCAUCUGAGGCGCCGCAGGCCCAAGAGCCAGAGUUACCGUUGACCUUGGGCGCUAGUGAGGUGGAAGCCCUUACUGACGUUGUCAUGGUAGACCCACAGUGUCUGGUGAAUAUCUCUUUCUUAAAUGAUGAUCAAGAAUGGGUCAGUCUGGGCUCGGGAUAUGCCAUUUUCUCGUCCGCGGAGAGCAACGAAGGCAUGUUUCUGCUAGUUCGGUCGGAGACUGACAACUCUGUCAUUAUGGAGUCGAAGGUUUGUUCGACCACAUGCUAUCAGAAACUGCAAGGUGUUCUGAUUAUUUGGUCCGAGACUGAUAGUGGCGGGGUGGCUUUGAGUUUCCAGUACCCACCUACCUGCCAAGAAUUCUGGGAGACUAUUUGUCAAGCCCAAGGUAAAGACCCGUGCAUUGAAAACACGCAGGGUCUCCUAAUUGAGUCAAAAGAACAGUUUGAUAGACUGCUGCGCACCAGGGAUGUCCAUAUGUCUGCCUGUGACAUUAAAAAGCUGAAACAAAUUGCUUCAUUGUUUAAAUUAGUGCUCCCCUGGCCAGUCUGUAAGCAAGAGCUGGCUCUCUUCUUAGAAGAUGGAGGAUAUAUUAAAAGAUUCCUGCAGCUAUUCCAAGUUUGUGAGAAUAGGAAUGAUAUUGAAGGUUUAUGGCAUUUGCAUGGAGUUGUUAAAGGGAUGUUAUUUAUGGACAAGACAUCUCUGUUUGAGAUAAUGUUUUCCGAUGAGUAUAUUAUGGAUGUAUUGGGAUGCCUUGAAUAUGACCCAGCUUUGGAGGAGCCAAAAAAGUACAGGGAAUUUUUGACCCAGAAUGCAAAAUUUAAAGAUGUUGUACCAACAACUAACUGUAUACUUAUACAAAAGAUACACCAGACUUAUAGGAUGCAAUACAUUAGUGAUAUUCUCUCUCCUCUACCAUCCAUAUUUGAAGAAAAACUUCCUAAUCUUACAAAUUUUAUUUCCUUUAACAAAUUUGAGAUAGUCACCAUACUGAAGGGAGAUAAGAAUUUUUUGUCUCAAGUUUUUACACUGUUAAAGGAUCAGACUGCAAAUAACGAUAGACGGAGUGAAUUGAUUUUAUUCUGCAGGGAAUUCUGCUCAUUUUCUGAGACAUUACAGCCUCGUAGCAAGAAGGCACUAUUUAAUACCUUGGUCGAAUCAGGAAUUUUCCCAGCUCUAAAAGUUGUAAUGCGUGUGAAUGAUUUGCAAACAAAGUCAGCUGCUAUUGAUGUAUUUUCUUACAUAGUUGAACAUAGUCCAGCUUUGGUUCAAUGUUUUGCAAUGAGUGAAGCCCAACAGAAUGAAGAUGGUGACCUUUUCCUCAAGGUAGUAAUUGAGCAGAUUAUUUGUGAUAGUGAUCCUGAUGCAGGAGUGGCUAUACAGUUAGUAGAACUCCUUAGAGUUUUACUUGAUCCAGAAAACAUGGUAGGAUCACCUAAUGCAGGUGAAAAAAGUGAAUUUUUGAAUUUCUUCUAUAAACACUGUAUUUAUAACCUCACAGAACCAAUUUUGGCUGUCACUUCAGAAGGUAUAUAUGAAGAAGAUAAUGUAGUUAAGUCUGAGAAAAUUAAUAACUGCAUCGAUUAUCAUAAAGCACAGCUGCUUGGAAUAAUUUUAGAGCUGCUUACGUUUUGUAUACAACAUCAUACAUGUUACAUCAAGAACUAUAUUCUGAGCAGUGAUCUGCUAAGAAGAAUCUUGAUGUUGAUGAAUUCGAAGCAUAAGUUCCUGGUCUUAGGUGUGCUUCGCUUUAUGAGGAAGAUGGUAGAUCUUAAAGAUGAACUUUAUAACCGUUACAUUAUCCAGGGUAAUCUUUUUGAGUUCAUCGUAAGUGCUUUUCUGAAUAAUGGACCCCGGUACAAUAUGUUGAAUUCAGCUGUUAUUGAGCUAUUUGAAUACAUAAGAGUGGAAGCUGCAGAGGGAACAAGUAGCCCAGAUCCUAUUAUUGAUGUUAUCUCAGUAGAUUACCCAAAUGAAGAAGAAGAGGAGGAAGAAGGACCUUCCCCAAAGAAAAGACCACAUUAUAGCUCAUAA